AUGGCACCUAAUUUGAAAGACAAGGAUUUUCUACAAGCAGACAAGAAAAUACAGGAACGGCUAAAGCCGAAGGCAGUGAAGCGGGAAUACACUAUAUUGUACCAUGUGGUACUACUCCUCGCAUAUCUACACAUCGCAGCACUGUACGGAGUGUACUUGCUAUUUACUUCCGCUAAAUGGGCCACUGUAGUAUUCAAUACUUUGAUCUUCGUAACCGGAAGUUAUGGUAUCUCGGCGGGCGUGCACCGGCUCUGGUCCCACCGCGCCUAUAAGGCCAAGAUGCCGCUGCAGAUUAUGCUGAUGCUGAUGCAUACAAUGACUGGCCAGACCACCGUCAUCAACUGGGCUAGGGAUCACAGAGUGCACCACAAGUACUGCGACACUGAUGCCGAUCCAUACAGCUCAGUGAAAGGACUAUUUUUCUCACACAUUGGCUGGUUAUUGGUAAAGAGACACCCGGAAUGCCUUCAAAAGGGAAAAGAAAUAGACAUAUCGGAUCUACUGCAAAAUCCGGUAUUACGGUUUCAGAAGAAAUUCUAUGCAAUCCUGAAUCCUUUGAUGGUGUUCAUACUCCCGACACUGAUACCAAUGUGCUUCUGGAAUGAAUCCCUAUCCAACGCGUUCCACGUUCAUCUCGUCAUAAUCAUGCUCGGCGCCAAUGUUACUUUUUGUCUCAAUAGCAUCGCGCACGCGUACGGCAAUAAACCCUACGACAAAAAUAUAUCGGCUACAAAAAUUGUACCCUUGUCGUUUAUGUCAUCCGGAGAGGGAUAUCACAACUUCCACCACGCUUUUCCAUUUGACUACCGAUCCUCUGAAUUUGGAAAUGAUUAUAUAAAUUUUUCAACUCAUUUUAUAGAUUUCUUUGCGCGGAUCGGUUGGGCUUAUGAUUUGAAAUACACGACCCCUGAUAUGAUUGCGAAAAGAGUGAGUAGAACCGGGGACGGAACUCAUCAUCGGGGCGAGUAA